AUGGCUCGAAGCCAUGGCCGAACAUUCUCGAUCUCUCUCCUCGCAGUGACGUUGAUUGUUUCCAGUAUACUUCCUUUGCACGUUCAACCUUGGAAGAUUGCUGCCUGGAAUCAACACAGGAAAUCUAGCUACUUCCAGAAAGACUGUGUCUGGGUUUCCAGAUUGCAGAGACUGGGAUAUCACAAGCAGGACAUUGUUGAUGCAAUAGCUGACCUCAAGGUGAGAUACUCGCCAGGUGAACUGCAGCGCUGGGCCUCUGGCUAUGAUGUUGUUGCCGUCCAGGAAGCAGAUCCGCUAUUUUGCGAGGCCUUGGGAACAUUGAGCCUCCGCAUGGUACGUGGACGAAACGAUUUAGAUGGGCGCGGAGUGCAGGUAGAAUCCUGCUCGGCCCUGAUACUGCGAAAUGCAGAGUGUGUCUGCCAACAGAGCGCGGUGUUAAGCUUCAAGCCCAGUCGUCGAGUGACGGUGUCUCGUGAGCAUUUCGUAGUCCGCGUGGAACGGCAAAAUGACGGGGAACAGCUGGUCAUUUGCUCGGUGCAUUUCCAUGUGCCGAGCAUGAUUUCUCGCUCUCGGAUCACGCUCGCCGAGUAUUUGCAACCCUUGCGGGCUGCGCUGGAGUCCGUAGCUGGUCAGGGAGCCGACGGGAGGUUGCAAGUGCCAUGUCUCCUCCUCGGAGACUUCAACAUGGAUCCUAGCAUGUUCAACCAACUGUCACACGAUGAUCCAUUCUGGAAGCAGUUUCAGUCCAUCGUUCCGGAGGGUGGUGCGACUGCGCACUCCUCGAAUCCGAGUAUGCAGGGUGACUUCGCUGUCACCACGGCUGGCGAAUGGCAAGGCAAGGCCAUGGGAAGCCCAGGCUUCCAAAUUUUCGAGCGCUAUGCUGCGCAAGUGUCGCAGGCCCUCUGCGAGCGAAUUCAUCUCAAACAUGCGCAUCGGCGCUGUCGAGAGGCUCGGACAGACCUCCAGGAGAUGGAAGAUUCGGUGUCUCAUGCCGCGGGAUCCGUGGUCCGGCUGCACUCGGCCGAAAUGGAGGCGCCUCAGGCGCUGCGGGACUCGCUGCACGCCGUGCGCGCUGCACGGCUGCAGCUGCUUCGCGCCGAGCACUGCCUCGACCACUCCCUACGUCGAAACGUCCCUUUGCGUCGGUCGCUGUUGAACUCGGACCAUCGGCCCCUCUCUUUUGAGGGGAUGCUGUCGAAGGACUAA